AUGGCUGAGCAGGGGGAAGUGAAUGAACCAGGAAGGAAGGAAGUGUUCGUUCAUCAUCUUCAUCUUCAUCUUGGUCCGCCUCGGGGCGCCAUUUUCCUUGCGGAUGUGGAGAUAGGAGGGAGGGGUCGUGAUGGAGCUGCUCGAUGGGUCCUGGAACUGUCAAAAGUGGCUGGAUUGGCAGCAGAUUCAUCAUUUCUGGCCUUGGACAUCAUGGAUCGAUUCCUCCAUAUGGUCAGAGCCAAAUCCAAAUACCUCAAAUGCAUCGCUCUCUCCUCUCUACUCCUGGCAGCUAAGCUCUGUGAGGAAGAUCAGUGUGUGCCAGCGAUCUCUCAGCUGAUCGAGGCAAGCGAUUCCUCAUUCACUGCGUCUGAUGUCCUCCGAAUGGAGCGGGUGAUCCUGGAGAAACUGGGAUGGUGUCUUUGGGGCCUACCCACACCCUUGGACUUCCUCCAUGUCCUCCAUUCACUUGCCUUGGAUGCACAUCCCACCCUCCUAUGGGCAUUACCCCAAGGUCUCACCCGCACUCCAGCAUUUCAGAUGCUCCGCCUCAUCAGACGCCUCAAACUGGCCAUGGCUGACUUCCGCUUCCUCCGUUUCCCUCCUUCUAUGCUUGCUCUGGGUGCCCUGAGCCUGGAACUCCAAGCCUGUGCUCCCACCUACCACCAUGCACUCACCUCUCAUCUCCUCACCAUCAUGAAGGCAGAGAAAGCUGCCUCAUGCCUAAGAGCCGUCCAGGCCCUCUUGAUGGAGGAGAAGAAGGUUGGUCAUGGUAAGGAGAACUCUCCUCCAAGUGCAGGGACUACUGAAAGCAUCCAGAAAGGAGCCAAACGAAGGAGGCAAAGAAGAGAAUCUCGAGGAAUCAGUGAGAAACCUGCAAAGCGCAGGCUUCAAGAUCCAGAGAUAGCAGAGGAUGAGAUCUUUGAUGCCAUAAAGAACCUGUACAAGCUGCCAGAAAUGAUGGAAAUUGAGUCUGAAAUCCUCAUCCCAAUAAGGGAACCCAUCACUCUGCCACCUCCAUCGCAAACUCCUGUUGCAAUCUUGAAAUGUAUCAAGCAUCUCUUUGGAGGAGAAGAGGAAUGGCCCCGGGUGUCAUCCAACAAGGAGCCAGCGAUGCACCGCCAUCAUGCUAAUGGCCGCCGCACUUACGCCGAGGUCCUUCGCACUCACCUCAACAUCCCAAUGGCAGCUCUCAGUGUCUGAAUGAAACCAGCCUCUGUCAUCCUUGACCUCUUGCUUAGUUUUACCUACUGACCUGACAUGAUCCAAGCUUUGUUGAUGCACUGCAGAAUGGAAAAUCCUUAUUAUUUGUUUUGCCUCAUCCUUCCUCAUUUGUCUAGUCUUGAAGUCCAUGUGUGCAUGUUUGUCAAAACUCUGUGUAGAAGAGAAAUUUUAUUUUUGAACAAAUGCUUGAACCUGCAUUGAAACUGCUAGGGCUUUGUCUUUGAGUUAGCUUUAAAUUGGGUUUAGUUAGUUCCAAAAUGGAUGAGAGGGAUUUAUAAAGAAAAAAAGUUAUUAAUUUAAGUUUAUGGAAAUUAUAGUACAAAGUGAGGAGGUCAUUGCAUGAUGCUUCUCUGUAUAUAUAUUUCCGUAAAAGGUCGAGUAGUGCACUUGUCAGUUGGUCACUCUUUGGCUUGUCUUUGGACUGUAUGACUGCUCUGGUUUCAUGAUAUGCAUGCAAAACCAGAUUGCAAUUUGACCAACUGUUGAGAGAGCUUGGGGUGGACCUAUCUCCUUGGCAGGAGCAUGAUGGAACACCCUGUGCUGAGUUUUCCUGAAUAUCCUGUUCAUGGGGUGAUCCUGUUUUUCCUAACCUGAUUGUUGCUGCCACAUUGUGGAUGUUAAUGCAGGUCUCGUUACCAGUGGUUGGCAUGAGUCAUUCAAUAUAUACCUAGACAGUUUUGUGAAUGUGAAAUCUGAGAGGCUAGAAUUUCAUAUGUGCAUUCCUCUUGUUUGGCAAGGCAAUCCUGUUGACAACCAGGUUCGAGCAGCCAAGUUGUGCUAGUCCCAGAGGCAUUACUGAGGGCGUUACGGGAAAGCUUCUCGGAUAAUAAAAAAAGAGAAAGUUUAUGAUAGAAGUUCUCUAUGAAUCAUAUACGAUCACAGAUUCAUUUUUAAAUAUUUUCUUUCAUUCAGCCAGACUAUUAUUCUGUAUGAUUUUGAUGUUUAAGUAGUGAUGCUGCAGUAUCUUUGCUUUUCCUGAUACUGAAUAACCAGAAGCCAGUUUUAUUUAUCUUUUGACUGUGGGUUGAUGUUGUGUGUGUCUCCAUUUGUGCGUAUGUGUGUUUGUUCCUGAAUGAGCCUUAUGCAGGCUAUAUUGGGAGGUGUGCAGUGCACAUAUGAAUGUGUCCCCAUCUCAUGGUUAUUGCCACAAUCACAGAGGCAUGGAAGGCAAAUGAAAAAAAAAGCAUGAAGACAUGUCCCAUUUGAGAGCAGAACUUCCUUCCUUGGCCCUCUACCCCCAGCUCUGAGGUUUCAGAGCUGAAAUCUUGUGAUCUGCCAGCUUGAAUUUGUGUGAAUGUGAACAUGACACCUUGGAGUACAAGACACAGACAGAGACAGAGACGUUUGGAGGAACAUCAUUCCCAGCUGUGAUUGAGACUGACUUCAAAACCCAAACAUGAAGUCUUCUCACUAGCUCCACUCUUUCUCUCUCUAUCCCUCUUGUUCACUGUACAGCUGGCUGUAUGGGACACCAUCCUCACUGAUCUCUUAUUUGCUACUAGGACAGGGAAGUGAAGGAUCCUGAGACUCCAUUCAAUACCGAGUCACAUGAGAAUGGCCUAUUCAUCCUUUUUUGAUGGGGUUUUAAUGCCACAUAAAAACUCUUGACAGGAAUAAAAAUGAAAUUGAUAAAAUC